CCCGUUCCCCUUCCGGGUGAUGGGAGAGUCCGGAAGAGAGACUGCGGCUGGGCCUCAGCUGGAUGAGAGAUCAUCAUCAGAAAAUGGGUUGAAGUCAAGCGAAGAACCACUCCUCAGAAAGAGUUCUCGCCGAUUCGUCAUUUUCCCAAUUCAGUACCCUGACAUCUGGAAGAUGUAUAAACAGGCACAGGCAUCCUUCUGGACUGCUGAAGAGGUUGAUUUAUCAAAGGAUCUUCCUCAUUGGAACAAACUGAAAUCAGAUGAGAAAUAUUUCAUCUCUCAUAUCUUGGCUUUUUUUGCAGCCAGUGACGGAAUAGUCAAUGAAAAUCUGGUGGAACGUUUUAGUCAGGAGGUGCAGGUCCCAGAGGCACGCUGUUUCUAUGGCUUUCAGAUUCUCAUUGAGAACAUUCAUUCAGAGAUGUACAGUUUGCUAAUAGAUACCUAUAUCAAAGACCCCCAAAAAAGGGAGUUCUUAUUCAAUGCAAUUGAAACAAUGCCAUGUGUUAAGAAGAAAGCAGAUUGGGCCUUGCGAUGGAUCUCAGACAGAAAAUCCACAUUUGGAGAAAGAGUGGUUGCUUUUGCUGCUGUGGAAGGGAUUUUCUUCUCGGGUUCCUUUGCUGCUAUAUUCUGGCUUAAAAAGAGAGGUCUUAUGCCUGGACUCACUUUCUCCAAUGAACUCAUCAGUAGAGAUGAGGGUCUUCAUUGUGAUUUUGCUUGUUUAAUGUUUCAUUACUUAGUGAAUAAGCCUUCAGAAGAAAGGGUCAAAGAGAUCAUCAUCAAUGCUGUUGAAAUAGAACAGGAAUUUUUAACCGAUGCAUUACCAGUUGGCCUAAUUGGCAUUAAUAGCACUUUGAUGAAACAGUACAUUGAAUUUGUAGCAGACAGAUUACUUGUGGAGCUCGGGUUCUCAAAGGUUUUUCAGUCCGAUAAUCCCUUUGAUUUCAUGGAAAAUAUUUCUCUGGAAGGGAAAACAAAUUUUUUUGAGAAAAGGGUCUCAGAAUAUCAACGCUUUGCAGUUAUGGCUGAAACAACAGACAAUGUCUUCACCUUGGAUGCAGAUUUUUAAUUCAUUUUUCUAGAUGCUUCUCUUGUUGGUGGUAGCAGCAAAGGGAAGGUCCUCUGAGAUUCAACCAGUGAUAGGAGAGGGGAUCCAUGAUCUUUUGUUUCUUCUCCUGUGUGCUUUUUAGAAAGUGUCUGGAAAAACAGGUUAUAUUUUGUCAGUUUCAUAGUAACGACCUUCAGAAUUUGUUUUCAGAUAAAUUCUUAGCUCUUGGUUUCUCAGUGGUCAUCUAUAAAGCUUAUUUGUACCAGAUUGGGGGAAAUUAUUUAGCUAUUAUAAAAGGUACAGUUCAUUCAUGGCUUUAUUAAAAUGUUGAAAAUGAUAAUUUAAAAAUGUUCUACAUGAGAUUUUUUUUGUUCAAUUUAUAGAGGUCUUCUUUUGUAUCUAUGAGACAGUUGUAUCAUUGUAUAUCAAGUCUGCUGAGAUCUGACUUUAUUUUGUCUUAUUCCUUCAUUAAGUUAAAGCUGCAUAUACUUUUAGAAUGAUAUUUGUAUUUUCAUCAACAAAAAUUUCAAGGGCACAUAUCUCCAGAAAGAGAUUUAAUUUGAACCAAAUCUAGCUUGCCUGACUUCAAAAUGAAGGAAAGUUCUAAGUCCUUUCUGUUGAAUUCAGAUCCUUCUCUUGUAUUGGCAAAUGCCUUAAUGUCAAGCAUAUUUAUUUAUAGUAGCAAUAAAUUACCAGUAAGAGAGGGUAGGGAAAUCUUAUACUGAUUUUUAAUAUAUUGGCUUACUGUAAGAAACAUUCUACCAUCUCUCUUCAAUAUCCCACUUAGCAGACAUGUUUUAUUAUGUUCAUGACAUUUUACUCUCUGUUCUUAAGGAACUUAAAUUCUACAACUUUCCAGGCUUAAAAAAAUUAGUUUAUAGUUUACAAUUUAUUUAUUGUAGCCUCAGUAUUAAACUUUGGUUACAAUUAAAUCACAUUUUAUUAUUUGGCACUAUAAAAUCUCGAGUAAUGGGGCUUGGAGUUCGGCUUCUAGGAAAGUAUUUUGUUAUGUUUAUAAGAUGUAAAGAAUUUAAAAUAAUUAUUCCUACAAUGUAGGAACCAAUCCAGUCAUGACUUAAUGUUAUGGGAUUGUGAUACUCUCAUUUUUAAAUGUUGAAUUCUUGAUUGUUUUGACACCCCUUCCAUCAUUAUUAGGAGAAAAAUGAUUGCUAAGAAAAAAGCAUUUGUACACUGGAAAAGAAAUUACUCAGAAUUUAGGUUUUUGUAGCAUGAUAACAUUAUUGCCAUGUAUCAGUCACUAAUAUUUUUAAUGCUGAUGACUCAGAAAACUAAUAAUGGUUUUUCAACUUGCUUACUACGUGGUCAUCAGUUUUCAUGCUGGCCAAAUUAUCAAUACUGCUAUGUCCUAGGUGUUUUAAUGAAGGAGAAUAAAUUAGUGCCUGCCUCUGGAAUUCACAUCAAAGCUGAUUGCUUUUCUUAUAGGUUAUUCCUUAGCCAACUGAGUGGUUCCCAAAUAGGAACUUGUAUAUCUUGUUCUUUUAACCCUCUUACAUGAUUACCUCCCAAUUAAAUGUAUGUGGAUUGCCUUUAGAUUUGAAGGAAGAAUGUGAGAUUAUUGAAAUCCUUAAUGUCCUUACUCUAAGAAAAGAUGAUUUUUGCCUUCAUGCUAUUGGUUUAAUUCACUUAAAAGAAAACUAUAGAUUCAAAUACCGUGAAAUACUGACAGGUUUGAUAACUACCUUUCUUAAACAAAACUAUAGUGAUUCUAGAACUUUUAUUUAAAUGGAUGAGGCUAAUUUAUGCUUUUGAUUUUACUGUUUAAUAUAAAACUGUUUUAACAAUA